CCCAUGCAAUGGAUGCGUCAAAUAUCUACCAGCAAUGUGAUGAGACAAAUUGAAGGCGGCAUGAAAGAGGAAAGCACCCCUGCUAUGCCUGGUGUAUUGGCUGCCGAACUUCGUGCUCCCAACGAACUCUCCACUUCACUUGACCCUUACAGCGGUAGAUCGAUUGGUUCCGUUUCCAACCCCAACACUGCUUACAGACGUUUAAACUCCAUCUUGACCCAAAACAAUGUUCGUAGAGAGUUACGCGCCAACAGAUACUAUGAAAAGCCCAACGUCACAAGGAGAAGAAAGAAUAUUGAACGUAACCGUAAAUUAUUCGGUGCCAUGAUUGGAAAGAAGGUUGCACUUAUCAUGCAAAUGAAGCAGAGAGGCAUGUAGACAGCUGUACACUUGUAUAUAAACUUAAUAAAAUUAGAUAUUUUUCUAGAAAAAGCAAGUUCUAUACAUUAGC